AGAUAAUAAAAACUUAGAUGUGUUAAAAAUUGGUCAAUCUACAGUGAAAAUAGCUCCAAAGGUACACGAGUUAUCGCAGUUUCAUCACCAUCGAAUGAAACGUAAAAGCAUGUAUAUAGAACCCAUAGAUCUAAAACAUCAAGACGAUCUGUCCCAACUGAAACCUCCUAUCGUUGACCAAAAGUUGAUUACUUUGGUGCAGAGCCCUGACAACUACGUAGUGACACCACAUAGAAAAAGAAGGCCUGGAUUCCACAAUUCGCCAGCACAAAAUCCCCCAUUCGUUCCUUUCUCCCCUUCAUACAUUGAAGAUACAACUCACCAUCACCAUAGGUAUAAGAAUCUGCCUCCUUUGUUAGCAGCCCACCACCCGCUGUCCUUAUCUGCACCUCCUUAUUUGGUGGACAGAACUCCAACACCAGGUCAACAUCCUGAUACUUCUGGAGCUCCAGAUAAUGUUGUUGUCAAAUACAGACCUCCCAGUGCAGAUCAGGGCUUAGCAUCUGAUUCCUAUCAAACAUUCGAACAUACCUGGGGAGCUUGGUCACUGUGCCAAACGCAAGUGAACGCUCCCUCGGGCAACGAUGAUUCUCGAGAUCCCCCGCCUUCCUUCUCAAGCAGCAAUGAUGACGCAGCUGAAAGUUCUUCUCAUGCCACGGGUAGUAAACAGUCUUUACCGACAGUUCAAGUUCGUGAAUAUCGUUGUGAAUAUUGUGGAAAACAGUUUGGUAUGUCGUGGAAUUUAAAGACUCAUUUGCGAGUGCAUACUGGUGAAAAACCAUUUGCGUGUCGGUUAUGUGUGGCUAUGUUUAAACAAAAAGCACAUUUACUGAAACACUUGUGUUCUGUACAUAGAAAUGUUAUAUCUUCGAACGAUGGAAAUUCCGGUAGGUUCAACUGUUGUUUCUGUCCGUUAUCUUUUGAAUCUUUACCUGAAUUAAUAAGACAUUUGUCGGGACCUCACAAUAAUUUGUUAUUAAGUAAAAAUAUGCACGAGCUCAAAUAGCAAAUUAUUUACAUUCCAAUGCCCACUGAUGAGGUCGUAAAAUGUGUUUUUGGUACGACCAAAUCUUGUGAUAUGCUGAUCCUAUCAGUGCCUUUUUUAUGUAUCUCGUGAGGGCGCGGGGACGAAUCCAGGGAUAUAGCGCCCCGGGCCAACAAUGAGCUCGACGUCUCAAAGUUCAGUAUUGUUUUAGUACAAAUAUUUUAUACCUGCACCUGAAACAGUGCUUUAUAGCAAAUUUAAAAUUGAUUAAUUUAAAUAUUCCAAUAUUAUUUUUUAUGACACAUCAACUGGAAAAUGCCAUUUAUUUAUUGUUCACUUUUAUUGUUGCAUAGAACAGCCAACUUAGCUCCUUGUUUUAUAUUUGUUUUUAUAUAUCACACUUACUAUCUUUAAAAUAAAAUUAUGACAUUUAGUAUAAAACAAUAAAAAGUACUGGUCAGUUAAUAUUUUAAAAAACACUGUGUGUUUGUAUAUCUAACGUAGAGUUUAUAUGUAUAAAUUUGUUAUUUUUAAUUAGUGCAUAUUUAAGUAACUAAAUAGUGCUUUUCUAGGUAUUUAUUAUUUGUGGUGAUAAUUCCAAGUUAUCAAAUGUGACAGUGUUUGAAAAUGAAUAUGAAAUAAAACGAGCAAAUCUCUAAAAAUCCGUGUCACAGCUUUAAUUUCAUUUAUUAUUUAUCAGUAUUUUUCUCUCAGGAUCAAAAAAAAUCAGUAAAGUAUUUUACCUAGAACCUCGAAUUGGUGACUUUCUUAGGAUUACAAUACCUUCCUCUUAUUGAGGGAAGUAAAAAGAUUUCCCUUAUACCUUAACAUAUUUAUAUUUUGGUUUAUAUACAGAUUUCUUCAUCACAUGCCAUAAGCCCUUUAGCUUACGCCUUACGUUUUAAUAUAUCCUGUUAAGUUGGGGCGAUAAUUUUACUAUUUUGCUUCGGUCCAUUAUCGCACUUUUACAAAUAAUUUUUGUUUUCUUUGUUAUGUUUUUAUGUUUUAUUAUAUGACACCUACUCUUGUUUUUUUUUUGUUUCGUUUUAUUAUCCUUCUUUUUAUUCUCCUGCAAUUAUUUUAAGUUGUCUAGUCAACAUAAUCGUCUGUUCGAUUUUGUAGUAUUGCAAUUCAAUAUAGUUUCAUAGCUGUAAACAAUAAAAGUGAACAUUCUUAGUUCAUUUUACAAUGCCGGUAAGAUUAACUCUACGGUAGUGCUUUGCAUACACACGAGAAGAAACUCUGUAAUAUCGGUGUUGCCAGUGACGUUAUUUAUCCAACGUAGUAGACUUGAUUAGCAAAAUAGAUACUAUAUCGUUCCUUCUCGUGCAAAAAGAUAUGUAUUUAUCUAUAAAUUUGCUUUUUGCAACAAUAAUUUAUUUAUAUAAAAAUUUCAAAAUUAUUUGUUUAUUUGCCAAUUAGAGUUAUUGAGUAAUUACUAUGGCAGUUGUACUUGCUGAUUGACUUUGGUUUCUUCAAGUAGCAUAAUUAUCAGUCAGUAAGGUGCAACUGACCUACUCAUCAAUUUAGGUUAGCUUAUUUGACUCAUAGUAUCUUCAAUUUGCUACUUGGCACUUAUUUCUAAUCAUUGACAUAAUUAGGAUAUAUUGAGAGUCAAUUGUAUAGAUGACAGAUCUUUCUGCAUGGACUUAAUUAUGUAUCUACCAGUAAAGACUAGUUGGUAAUUAAUAUUUGUCAAUUUUUGUGUUUUUUAACUUUUUUUAAAAAUUUUAAGUGUGUCAUUAGAUGGUUAUUGUGCCCGGGGCCCUGUUGCCCCGUUAAACUAAAAUGCGUCUCUACAUGGACGUUGGUAUAGUCGAUAACCCUUUGGAAUAUAUAGAAUAGAUUAAUCUCCGGGGUGAGGCACGAAAGAGAUACGGGACCAAUUGUGCCUUCUUCCACUAUAAUCGACGCCCUCCGUUGUAAAAUGUGUUAAUAGUUUUAUUGUCUAGACAUAAUCUCAACCGUUGUGUUCAAUUUGACUUUACGUACCUAACUACGCGUGGUGUGUAUAACAGGUUUAUUUCGGUUGGUCCGAUUUUAUUUGCCCUUAUUUAUUUAGUUAAAUUAUUUCGCUGGUUAACUAGGUUAGUCCUCCCAAGUAUAAAUUAGGCCCAUAUUUAUAAACUGAACUGACUCAGGUUCGUCCUUGAACAGAAGUCAAAAGUCGUAUAGUUCUAGGUGGUUACAAUGUUGCAUUAAAAUUUAGAGAUGGACAGUAGCAAAUCAAUAAAUGUAAAGAAUAUUCACGGAUUUGUUACUGUCCAUUUCUAAAUUCUCGCGAUAUAACUGAAAUUUAAUUUUUAUUCAAGGACAAACUCGAGCUGAGUCCGACUCAUCUGAGUUCGAUUUUUAGGAACCUUAGACUUGCAACUGACAUAAUUAGGAAUAUUUGCUAUUGUUUUGGUUUCGGAUGUAUUUUAUUUAUGUUUAACGAUUUGUCAGUUCUAUUAUUAAUUCAAAGAACUUAAUAUUCUGCUUAUUAAAGAUUGGUCUACAAAAAAUGUUUUUGAAAAAGCCAUGACCGACAGCGAUAUGAGCCAUUUCCGUGAUAACUACGCACGGCUCUAAAUUAAAUCCAAAUAACAAAUGUAGGCUUCGAUAUGCGUGAAUUAUUCCAUGGCUUACUGUAGAAAUAUUUCUUGUAGAUCAUUCUAUAUACCGGGUGUUCUAAAUUAAAGCGUUACAGCCAUAUACCGCUUUUUAUAAGAAAAACGUUUCAGACGAAAGUUUUAUAGUUUUGUAGGGAAAAACUUUUGGCUAACAUCGUUUUUUAUAGCUAACCAUAAUAUGGCCAACUUUUUUUUCGCGCAGCAACAUUUUCAAUUAGCUGUUACUCAAAAAGUAAAAGUCCAAUAAAAAAAAUAUUUCCUUCAAAAGUUUCUUAUUUAUUUAUGUACUUUAAGAAUAUGUAACAAAAAAAUGGAAUUCCCAUUCAAAAAAACAAAGUUCACCUCGAUAUGGCCAUAUUAUGGUCAGCUAUAAAAAAAUUAAUUUAGCCAGAAUUUUUCCCCCAAAAAACUAUAAAACUUUUGUCUGAAACUUUUUUUUCUAAAAUGCAUAUUUUCGGCGGUAUUUAACUGUAACACUUUAAUUUGAACACCCGAUAUAAGGUCUAGAUUAUAUAAUUAGAAUUAUUUUUUGUCGAAAUUAAUUUAAUGUUAAAUUUUUAAGAAAAAAAACUUUUGUCUUUUACACAUAGUUGUUUUAGGAAGGCUCAUAAAAAUAAAAAAAAUGUUUAUUUCUUAUUAAAUCAUAUUCAAAACAUCUGGGUACUGGCCUACACUGUUAUAUACAUCACAAGUGGAUAAUUUUUAUACAUAACGAAAAAUGCUAAUAAAAAGGAAACAUCAUUACCAUUUCAUUAAGUUGAUAGAUAUAAUUUGGUUUUAUUGAAUUUUUACAUGGAAGCAAUUACAUUUUCUUUUGAGCAUUUUUUGUUUUUGUAUGUAACAUUUGUAUAUUACUUGGUUAGAAAGUUUUUACUAUAAAACUGUAACAGAUAAACGUAUAUUUUUUUAAUAUACACACCAAAGAAGUAAAAAUUAAGUCGAAAUAUACAGUUUUUGUAACUUAUUCAUCUCUCUUUAAUUCGCUCUCAUUUUAACUGUUAUGUUAUUUCCAAAUAUGGAUUUAACGCCAUAAUCGAUUUUUAGUAAUUUUACAACUAAUGACUCUUUAUUUGGCCCAAGAGUUUUUUUAAAAGUUCCUUUUAGAAGACAUUCACGCACUCAUUUUAUGAAAAAAAAAACUUGUUUGAAAGAAUUCUUCAGGCACGAUUGUUUAUGAAACGUGGUACAAAUGUGGUAACUUAGUAUUUUGUUAUAUUUGUUAAUUGUAAAUAUUUAGUUUGUAAAUAGUAUAAGAAAAUAAAAUGUUUUUUUUGUAUUGUUUUUCUUCUAUUUGCGUUUUUAGUGUUGGUCUCACCGCUCGUUAAGAUUCUCUAGUCAAAUAUUUUUUUAACGAUUGUGAAAAAAAUCUGAUUUUUUUAUCAAGAUAACAAAAAAGGAGUAAGUAUUCAAAAAGAACGUAAAUUUCUCGAAAACUUGCAGCUUGAAAUAUAUGUAUUUAUCCCCAAGUAACACAAAAAGUUGAUAAGGG